CUCUGUUUUCUUGUUGACUGCAUAGUGAAAUGUAACAUGAAUUUUGAUGAAUUCUAUGGAAAACAAUUAAUAACAUAACCAAAUUGUUUUCUUCAGAAACCUUAUGAGUAGUAUAAAUAAUUUUGUGUUGUAUGAUUUAUAAACAUAUUAUAAAUUAAAAGUUGAAUGUACAAGAUACUAAAUCAAAAUGAUUGGUAAUUUGAAGUUUAUUGAUUUUUAUGAGUAUAAUUUUGAACCGUUAUCAAAGUUUUGUGUGCAAAUAAGUGAACAUCUCACAGCAAUAUCAACAAAUGAAGGAGUCUUACUUAUGAAGGUGCAUCCAGACUUGAGCCAAGAAGGAAAUGGUGUUAAUCACUACAAAUUAUUAAUUAAACCAUCCACAUAUAUGCUAAUGGAUCACCUUGAAAUUGAUCUGACUGGAUAUAUUUAUGAUUUGCCUCAAGAUUGUUUGUAUAAUUGUCUGCUUCAAAACAAUAUUUCUGGAAGUUUACCUCACCUUAAAAAGAAAAACUUCUAUAUGAGCAAAUUUAGCUUAGGUCCAAGAGAAUUGAUAGGUGAAGAAUGUGUUGUUGCAACUAUCACUGAUGCAUCCUCAGUAGAUAUUUAUGCUAAAAUUUGUCAUAUUAUUGGUUUGACCAAGUUUGAGCGUAUUCUGAAUGUAAAUGACUUACAUAUCAAGAAAUUUAAGUACAGAUGGAAGGGUUUGACUGACAAAUCAGCUGAAGAGUCACAGGAAGAACUAAUGCAUAGAUUGGCAAUGCAUUCAGCAACAGCUGUGUGUUGGACUCAUAUGCUAAAGGAUACAAAACGAGUUCAUGACAAAAAGGACAAUAGUGAAACAUUAGAGUAUUGUUGCUUAAUUGUUGCCUAUGCUGAUGGUAAUAUUGUAUUUUGGCAAUUAAAACAGAGUCCUGUAGAAGAUUACGAAAAUAUAACAUUAUUCUUUAUGUAUGAAUAUCAAUCAAAUAUGAAAAAUAUUACUCAAUUGUCUUGGCAUUCAUUAAAUGGAAACUCAGGAUUAUUAAUCAUUGGCGACAAGAGUGGCAAAUCAAUAGUUGUUUCAAUGCAAAAUUUAAUUCCAAAUUAUUGUAAAAAUGGCGAAGCAAUUAUUUUAACCGAUUCAACAGAUAUAUCAGUUGAAUAUAUUGAUGCAGAAGUCAAAGACAAUUACUUCAUUAUUUAUAUUGUUCAACAAUCUCAUGUUUUAAUAUUUUCUUUGAAUAAGGAUGGUGAAAUAUGCCAAAGAAUGGAUUAUAACUGCUCAAAUCUAAACAUCACUGGAUUCCAAAAGACAUUAGGUGGUUCAAUAAUUUUAUCUGCAGUCACUGGUGCCAUAAUUGAAAUUAAAACGUCAAUAAUUGAAAACAAGCUGAAGUUUGAAAAGCGGCAAAUAUAUUUGGACAUGGAUUGGGCGAAGAAUAUACUCCUAGGUUUUGCGCUUAGUAAAAACAAUGUUAUUCUAUCACUAGUUACUCGACAUAUAGGAUACCAUUACAAGGGACCAUUGAUGAUGAAGAUUUUUAACUUUUCUAACAAUGAGACACAAGCGCUGUCAGCGUUCAUGAAGUUGGAUCGAAUUUAUGAUGGACUGGAUUUAUUAGAACUGCUAAAAAUUAGAUCCGUUGAGAAUAAAGUAAUAAUUGGAAACGAAUUUCCGGCAGAUAUGGAUUACGACAAUUUAACACUAGCAGAGCUUAAAAAGUAUCUAUGCAUUGCGAAAAUAUCGGAAAUAGUUUCGAAUCAAGUCGACUCAAUCACCCAAUACAAUAUUAAGCAAGCAUCGGAUAUAACCAUGAUGAUAUAUACACAGUUGUGUAUGUAUUUACUUGGUGAGAUUGUCAAAGAAUUGAAAUCCAAGGGGGCUGUUUCUGUCUACAAACAGGAAGUCGGCCAUAUUUGCUAUACGCAUUUGAAAGAUAUUGUGAUAUCAGACUUUUUGCAUGUGCAUAAUCUCAAGAAAAAUUAUGUAAAUGUAAUUAUAAAGUUGUUGCAUGAAUGCACUGGCUUAAAUUUGCAGGAAGAUAUGCUAUGCAAAAUUUGUGAGCAACCAUUCGUUGGAUUGUCGUGCCCUUCGCGGCAUGCCGACAGCAGAUGUUCUUUUUCAAUGGUGCAAAUUACAUACCCAAAGUUAAAAUGUCCUUUAUGCGGAUCUUAUGUAGCUGAGGAGGCAGUGGCGUUUAGUAAAAACUUGAGUUGCACCAUGUGUGACUCACCGCUGGAAACUAUAGUUGGAAAAGUACAACAACCAUUCGAAUUUAAACAAUUUUGUAAGGAUGAUUGCCUAAGUAAUGUGUGAUGAUAAAGGUUCGUGUAUUGUAAAUAAUUUUAUUUUUCAAUUUAUACACAAUUAUAGUUGAAUUCUGGAUUAUUGUUAUAACAGUUAAUGUUAUAGUUAUUGUUAAAAUUACUGAAAUGAAA